UGCAUACGGCGCUCAGUCAGACUUCCAUACGCAAGAAGAGAACAUUGUACUUAAGUGGAAAUUGUUAGACUACUGCUGUUACUACUACACUACUACUACUACUACGAUUUUCUCGUGAUAUACGAACGAUCAAAAACGAUAAAAUAUGGCGAAGGCUCCAGCAGUUGGAAUCGAUUUGGGCACUACGUAUUCAUGCGUAGGUGUCUUCCAGCAUGGAAAAGUUGAGAUUAUUGCAAACGAUCAAGGAAAUCGAACAACACCCAGCUAUGUUGCUUUCACGGAUACUGAAAGACUGAUUGGCGAUGCGGCUAAAAAUCAGGUCGCAAUGAAUCCAAACAACACCAUUUUUGACGCGAAGAGAUUGAUUGGACGUCGCUUCGACGAUGCAACGGUACAAAGUGACAUGAAACACUGGCCAUUCACAGUGAUAAAUGAUGGAGGAAAACCAAAAAUCAAGGUUUCGUACAAAGGUGAAACGAAAACUUUCUUCCCGGAAGAAGUGUCUUCGAUGGUACUCACAAAGAUGAAGGAAACUGCUGAAGCGUAUUUAGGAAAAACUGUCACCAACGCUGUCAUCACCGUUCCUGCAUACUUCAAUGAUUCUCAACGACAAGCCACCAAAGAUGCAGGAGCAAUAUCAGGACUAAACGUUUUGAGAAUUAUCAACGAACCAACCGCAGCUGCAAUCGCUUAUGGUUUAGAUAAAAAGACUGCAGGGGAAAAGAAUGUACUGAUCUUCGACUUGGGAGGUGGUACCUUUGAUGUGUCCAUUUUGACUAUCGAUGACGGCAUUUUCGAAGUGAAAUCGACGGCAGGCGACACUCACCUUGGUGGCGAAGAUUUCGAUAACCGCAUGGUGAAUCACUUCGUUCAGGAGUUCAAGAGGAAAUACAAGAAGGAUUUAAGUACGAAUAAGAGGGCCCUUAGACGAUUGAGAACUGCUUGUGAAAGGGCGAAGAGAACUUUGAGUUCAUCGACGCAAGCCAGCAUCGAAAUAGACUCUCUCUUCGAAGGCAUUGAUUUCUAUACGUCGGUCACUAGAGCUAGAUUUGAAGAACUUUGUGCAGAUUUGUUUAGAAGCACAUUGGAACCGGUGGAAAAGGCCCUGAGGGAUGCUAAAAUGGACAAGGCUCAAGUUCAUAGUAUUGUUCUAGUCGGUGGAUCUACCAGGAUACCAAAAAUUCAAAAAUUAUUACAAGAUUUCUUCAACGGAAAAGAAUUGAACAAAUCGAUCAAUCCUGACGAAGCUGUUGCCUAUGGAGCGGCUGUACAGGCUGCUAUAUUGCACGGCGACAAAUCUGAAGAAGUUCAAGAUCUGUUGUUAUUGGAUGUUACGCCAUUGUCUUUGGGUAUAGAAACAGCUGGCGGUGUGAUGACAACGUUGAUCAAGAGGAAUACGACAAUACCAACCAAGCAAACGCAGACUUUCACCACAUAUUCCGAUAAUCAGCCUGGUGUCCUGAUCCAAGUAUAUGAAGGAGAGAGAGCUAUGACCAAAGAUAAUAAUAUUCUCGGCAAGUUUGAGCUUACUGGCAUUCCACCUGCACCGAGAGGCGUACCUCAGAUUGAAGUUACAUUUGACAUCGAUGCUAAUGGUAUCUUGAAUGUUUCUGCUGUUGAAAAGUCAACUGGAAAGGAGAAUAAGAUUACUAUCACCAAUGAUAAAGGUCGAUUAUCGAAAGAGGAUAUCGAGAGAAUGGUGAAUGAAGCUGAAACGUACCGUAACGAGGAUGAGCAACAGCGCGAUAGAAUAUCUGCAAAGAACUCACUGGAGUCUUAUUGCUUUAACAUGAAGAGCACGAUGGAAGAUGAGAAGCUUAAAGAUAAGAUUGAUGCAGGGGAUAAACAGAAGGUUAUUAAUAAGUGUAAUGAAGUGAUCUCAUGGUUGGAUUCGAAUCAACUGGCAGAGAAAGAUGAAUUCGCAGACAAGCAAAAAGAGCUGGAAUCCAUUUGCAAUCCUAUUGUCAGCAAAUUGUACCAAGGUGGAGCCGCACCUGGUGGAUUCCCACCUGGCGGAUUCCCACCUGGUGCAGCUCCAGGAGGUGCUGGCACUGGUGGUGCAGGUGGUGGACCUACCAUCGAGGAAGUAGACUAAAAAAGUCUUAUAUACGCGUCGUUUAUUACUCUGAACUUCUUUUUCCCUUUCAUUUUAUUUAUUACAACACGUGCUUCGUACAUUCAUGUCCACUAUUUUCACAUUUAUUUAUACUAAUAGUGAAUAUUUUCUGAGAUUUGAGACUUUAUUUCCUGUAAAAAAAGUAUUUAAAUUCGUAAUGCAUAAUUAAUUUAUUAUAAAAAAGAAA